AUGGCGGAACAAGGCGUCCAGUAUCACGAUGAAAAGGGGACGGAGAAGCAGACAGCGAGUCCCGGCUCUGCAUCUGAAAACGAAGAAGCUGGAACUGCCGACAUCAACGAAGGCUCUCUCCUCCGGAAGAUCGAUCUUCGCCUCCUCCCAGGCGUGGGCAUCCUGUACCUGCUAUCCUUCCUGGACCGAAGCAACGUCGCCAACGCUCGAAUCGAGGGUCUCGCCGAUGACUUGGGAAUGACUGGCAACCAAUAUCUGACUGGCCUGACAUUGUAUUUCAUCGGUUAUGUCCUCUUUGAGAUACCGUGCAACAUUAUCCUCAAGAGGACCUCGCCGCGGCUGUGGCUGCCCACCCUGACGAUCGCGUGGGGAAUCGUUGCCACGCUGCUAGGAGUUGUCCAGAACCUUGCAGGUUUCUUCGCCGCCCGGUUCUUCUUGGGUGUGGCUGAAUCCGGCUUGUUCCCAGGUGUCGUAUACUACUUUUCCAUGUGGUAUAAGCGACGCGAAAGACAAUACCGGAUAUCGCUUUUCUUCAGUGCCGCAGCACUUGCAGGAUCUUUUGGCGGCAUUCUGGCAUAUGAAGGUCUCGCAACGAUCGUGGUCGCCGUGGGUGCUUACUGGUUUAUUUUUAACUACCCUGAUACCGCCAGCUUUCUGUCCGAAAAAGAACGAGCUGUCAUCCAAGCCCGACUAUCUGCGGAUAGCGACUCAACGCACAACGAGGUUUUCACCUGGGCGAAUGUUACAAAAGCACUCAAGGACCCGAAGUGUUGGCUAUAUGGCUUUGCGUUCCACACGAUGAGCUUGCCUCUAUACACUUAUUCUCUCUUCUUACCAAGCAUCAUCAAAUCCCUUGGAUAUACAGCAGCAAGAGCCCAACUUCUCACCAUUCCCCCGUAUGCUUUCGCUUUCUUCACCACCUUGGGAGUAGCAAUACUCUCCGAGAAGCUCAAUAAACGCGCUAUUUUCGUGGCCGGCUCGGCUGCUUUCGGCGCGAUAGGCUAUAUUAUACUGCUCGCAAACAAGGAUCCCAUUGGCCGACCUGGAAUCCACUACCUCGGGACCUUCUUUGCUGCCGGCGGGAUCUACCCAGCCACCGCCUUGGCCCUUUCCUGGCCUGCCAUCAACGUCUCCGGCCAGACCAAGCGAGCCAUCGCGAACGCCAUGCAAAUCUCGAUUGGAAACUGCGGUGCGGUCUUGGGCACGCAGCUGUACCGCGCCAAUGACGGUCCGCGGUACAUCGUCGGGCACAGCUUUGCGCUAGGAUACCUCUUGGCCAACGUAAUAGUGUCUGGCCUCCUGUACUGGAUACUGAAGAAGGAGAACACAAAGAGGGAGGCAAUUGCUGAAGAGGUGAAAGAAGUGGGCCAGCUAGAUGAUUGGACUCUAGGCGACGACGACCCGAGGUGGCGAUUCCAGUAUUAG